AUGCGAUCGUCUGCGCAACGAGCCUCGGCCAAUAUUGGUCGCCGGGCUCAGACGACGAGUGGCGCUGGGGUGCAGCCGGGUCCGAUUCCAGCACGGCGCCAAGUUUCCGUGCUCUCGCCAACUGAUGAUAAUGUUGCACGCGCAGGUCGCGAAUACGACGACACUGCUCGCGACACCGCAUUUAAUACCGAAUUGAACAAAAUCAACUCUGAAUGCGACCGAUACAAGACACGCCUAGAGCAGGUUAGCAAAAAGCUGCUGGAGACGCAGCAACAGAAGGACGAGUUGAAGGAGCAAAGGGAUGAGUUGAAGCAGCAAAGGGACUCGUAUAAGUCGCAGCUGCAGAUUGCUAAGAAAGAAAACGCCUCUUUACUCAACAGCCUCGAGGAUUACCGGAGCGCGAACCUUGAUCUCGCAGCCAAGUAUGAAGAAAUUUUAAGGCAACACCAAGAUUUGGAAGAACGGUACAACACGCAGGCCACCUCUAGCGGCGCCGGUUCUACUGGUUCUCAUUCUGCAUCAAGCGCACUCCCAGACCGAACAAGGGCAUCCUACAGGCCAAGCGGAAAGGACCAUCACGAGGAUCGUGGCUACCAGGGCAGGAGUCGAGAGGGGUCCAGGGAGGCCAAGGAAUCUCAAGAGCCCAGAGCGUACAGCGAGUACAUGAACCAGAAGAUGGAGUUCCAGGCGGCAGAAAAAGAACGACUCAAGGGAAGGUUCGAAGACAAGUCAUCAACGGCGUCUUCGUCCGUAAAGACCCGCAGAUCAAGCUUCAUUGAGCCCUGGGGGCCAGGACCCGGACCGGAGCAGCCAGUUGUGCCCCCAAGCCGCAUGCCGCCAGGCCUGGUGCCAGCCAUGUUGCCAGCGUUCAACGGCGUGCCAUACUCUACGGUACCGCGCACACACGCACACAUGUACAAUCCAGACACAGCAGCGCUAUACGGGGCAGAUGGUGAAUAUGAGACUGGUUGCAAGUACCAGCCGUACCCAGUGACCAGGUAG